AUGGAUAUUACUGAUUUUGAAAUACCACUAUUUUCUCCUAACAUUACAGAAAUAAAUUUUGCUAUUUUUGACCUGUGGUUAAGAGGAUAUAAUGAAAAAGAGGUGUUAUAUUUACUUCAAAAUAGUUUUUAUUCUAAUUUAAUAAAGAAAAAAAAUGAGGAAAAUAAAAGCAAUGCAGAAAUGUUUAAUAAUAUAAAAAGUGAUAUAAAAAAUGAGUUGAAAAAUAAUGAAAAGGAUAAAUUAUAUAUAGAGAAAGCAAAAGAUAAUGUUUUUUUUGUAAAAAGUAGAAUAGUGAAUUUUUUUAAUACAGAAAAUAAGGGAAAUGAUUAUAGCACUAAUAAUAUUUUUUUUCAAUAUUUUUUGUGCUUAUAUAUAAAACAACAGUUUUAUAUAUUUAAUAUAUUGUCUUAUCACUUAAUGAAUUUAGAUUUACGAUUUUCUCAUUUUUAUAUUCCUAUUAAUAAAAAUAAGAUUCUAAAAUUAAUAAAAAUAUAUUAUAAUAUUGAUAUGAAUUUAGAAAAAGAAAUUGUUAAAUAUAAAAAUAUUAAUAAUAUAACAAAAUAUACCAAUGAUUUGGCAAAACUUACAAACAUACAUAAAAUAUCAGUUAAAAGGCAAAUAGAGAAUAUAAAAAACAUGUGGAAAUAUAUAUUAAAUAUAUACGAAAGAAGAGAUAUAAACAUAAGUAAAUUACACAAAAAAAGAAGAAUAAGCAUAUCAAGAAUAUUAAAAUAUAUUAAAACCAAUUUUCGACUUUAUAAAUAUUUUAUAAAAAGAGAAAGCGUUUUAGAAACUAAUGAUAAUAAUCAAAAUAAAUCUUUUUUAUUUAAAAAUAAAAAAAGAAGGAAAGGAAAAAAAAAAGGGAAAAAAAAUAAAUCAAAAAAUAAAUUUUUUCAAUAUAAUAUAAUAAAAAUAUUAGAAAAUUUAGUAGGCAUUUCUUUAGCAAAAAGAUAUUUUCGUUUAUAUUGGAUAUUAGCAUAUCAAAUAGAAAUACCUAAAAAAAUUAAUAUUGCAUAUAGUUAUUUUAAUAAUAUCAUUUUAUUACUAUUAGAAAAAUUACAAAUUAACGAUUUAAUAUUAUCAAAAGAAUAUAUAAAUAUAAGUAAAAGUAUAUACUCUACAUAUAAAAGUAAUAAAAAUAUAGAUAUCUUAAAAAGUAAAUUAUUCAGUGCUUCAGAAAUAAAUAGUUCUUUAAAAAGCAAAUGUUUUAUUCGACUUAAAUGUAUUCUAAAUAUGUUGUGUUGUUUCAGAAAUUCUUAUGAAAUGACAAAAUUUUUUUUAAUUUUCAUUGAAUUACAAAAGAAUGAAUCUUUCCCAAAUGAGCAAACCUUUAUAAAACAAAAUAUUGGAAAUAAUAUAUUUGUUAAUAGAAUUAUGAGUUUUAUAAAAGAAGCCGAAAGUUAUUCUAAAACAAAAAAAAUAGAAGAAGACAAUAAAAAGGAAAAUGAAAGAGUUAAAAUUUUUUAA